AUGGCAUAUCUUGUAGCAUUAAGCAGUGCAUGGAGUGGAGCUUGUGGAAAUAAUGGAGGUGGGGUUGUUUUAAUACCAGCACAAGGAAAGUUCUUGGUUCUGCCAUUGUUGCUUCAAGGUCCAUGCCAUGGCGUCAUUCGUAUACAGCUUGAUGGCGAACUGUUGGCUUCCUCUGAUAAGCAAUUUGCCAUCGGCGACCAUUGGCUUAGUAUCGAAAAUGUCAACAACUUGUUCAUCGACGGUUUGGGUCGCUUGACCGGCAGUGGUGCUUCUGCUUGGCCUUCCAACUCUCUUAACCGUCCCAUCUCUAUGAAAUUCAAUAAUGUCAAUACUGCAAGUAUCAAGAACAUAAGCUCCUUCGACAGCAAAUUCUUCCAUUUUGCUGUGCAUGCAUCUCGUGAUGUGACGUUUGAUAACGUUACAGUGGUAGCUCCAGCAAACAGUCCCAACACAGAUGGAAUCCACAUUUCAACGUCAAGUGGUAUAAACAUCAUGCAUUCGACAAUCGGUACUGGAGAUGAUUGCAUCUCAUUGGGUCCUGGAAGCAAAAUGAUCAACAUAAGUAACGUUCAUUGUGGUCCUGGUCAUGGAAUUAGCAUUGGUAGCCUUGGAAAGAACCCAAACGAAGAAGACGUCUUUGAUGUCACAGUAAGAGACUCCACAUUCAUUGGCACAUCCAACGGUGCGAGGAUCAAAUCAUGGUCGUCUCCGUAUUCCAGUAUGGUUAGCAAGGUCACAUUUCUCAAUCUCCAAAUGAACAAUGUCAAAAACCCUAUCAUCAUCGAUCAAAGUUAUUGUCCAGACUCUUGCGCUCCAAAUAAAAUGAAUAAAUCAAUGGUGCAGAUUAAAGAUGUGAGAUAUCAAGGCAUAACGGGGAGUUCAAAUACACCAGUGGCAGUAGAUUUUGAAUGCAGCCAAGUUCUUCCAUGUCAAGGCAUAGUGUUACAAGACAUUAACCUUACUUUCAAUGGUGGUGGGAAGACAACUUCCAUUUGUCAUAAUGUUAAGGGUUCUGCAUCUGGUCAACAAUUACCUCCCUCUUGCCUUUAA